GUAUUCAUCAUCGUGUGGGCCGUCGUCAUGGGCAGCGCCUGGAUCUACCUCGGCGGGGGCGCGGAGGACCUCUUCAUCAUGGGCACGAGGCCGUGGGACUCUCCCAGAGAGCAGUGCCUCGUCAUCGCGUGGGGCUACGAGACCCAGCACAAGCUCAUGUGGACAAAGGUUGCAUUCCUGGCUUUCGGCUACGUCUUCACGUUCUUGGGAUCCAUACUGUUCAGCAUCCGCCAGCUGCGCAUAUACCAGAGGAUGGACCUGAACAACACGACCCACAAGGACUUCUGUGCCGUUGCAUCUGGCCUGAGCGGAAUCAGUGGCGAGGAGCGUAUCGAAGAGGAGCUGAAGGAGUUUUUCGAGAAGCAGACCGGGAGGACGGUCAUCGGGGUGUCUAUCAGUUGGGUCUUCGAGCACUGUGAGGACGAGAUCAUGGGCAUACUUGAUGAAGACCUGGUACUGUUGCAGGUACUUGCUGAGAAAAGUAAGACAACAAAAACCGUGUCGCAGGAUGCUGUCAGAGAAGAUUUGGAGGCUGUGGGAAUGGAUGAGGAUUACAAGGAUCGGCGAGUGUCGCAAGCAUCCGAUGGUACGGUCGAAGAUGAUCCCCUCGAAACUUCUCGAAGCGAGAAGGCACAACCGUUUUCGAAGGAACUCACGGAACUCCACAAUGAGUCGACGAAGACCAAAUUGAUGAGGAGUAUCGAGUCUGUGUUCCUGUCUACACACGUGCAGAAGGCUUUGACCAGGGGCCGGGCCAGGGGCUUCGAGAUGAGGCACAGGUGUCGCGAGGCGGACGGACACGAUGCAGCGAGCAAGGAUAAGCACGGAGAGGAGCACAACAAUCAGGUGAAGCAGAUGCUCUUCGGCCUCAAAUCCUCGGGGAAGGUGUUCGUCGUGUUCGACACGGAGAGAGAUCGCAACGCAGCGAUCGCGGAGUCGAGCAGUCAGGACAUGACGUUCAGGGAUAAGCCUGUGAGGCUGGACGCCGUGGAGGUUGAGCCGGAAGGAGCCCUGUGGCAGAAUUUCGCCGACGAGAACGUGCCCUUCGGCCACAAGGCGAAGGUCGCGGCUGGCGUGGUCUCCAUCUCCUUCGCGCUCUGCAUCUGGGCCGGGGUCUUCUACCUGCCCUUUGUCUGGGUCUCCGCAUCGGCCAGCUACUCCUACGGCCAGUCUCCGGACGGCGUCUCUCAGUUCGUUUUUGGCAUGAUCGUCGUGCUGGGAAACGUCAUGAUGUACAGCACCUGCAGUGAGGUCUCGGACAGGAUGCGUUUUACAUAUCGGAAGGACCGCGAGGUGUGUUACAUGAUAUUCUAUACGAUCUCGUGCAUGUUUAAUGUGCUGCUCGAUCUGGUUAUCACUUGCUUCAUGGCUUACUGGCAGCUGUCUGGCUUGGGCGCGCGCAUGUAUGGCGGUCAGCCCAUCACGGAGGCCCCGACAGUCAUAUCGUUGCUGAUGACAUAUGGCAUGCAGCGCGAGUUGGGGGAAAAUACACAGGCGUACGCUUGGCCAAGCACUUUCCUGAUCCCGUUUUUGCUCGAGCCGUUUGCGGCAGUCUUUCUGCCGUACAUGAUCAUGGUGUUGCUGGUGCGGAGCCACUCUGACAUUCGCACGGCCGCCUCAGAAGCAUACCUUGCGAGCAUCCCGUUUGACCUCUCGCGCUAUGCCGACAUCCACCUCAACGUCAUCCUGGCCGUGCUGAUCCUCUUCUUCCCAGGCGGCCACAACCUGAUCAUAUUCUUCGGUCUCGCCAUCGGCCACCUGUGGAUCUACGCCUACGACCACGUGCGGGUCCUGCGCUUCUGCCCGAGCUUCACCUACGCGUCCGCGGACGUGGACUGGUGGGCGCAGUGGAUGCUUGCGUUCCCCUGUGCCCUCCUGCUCUCCGCCCUCAUGUGGAAGUCCAACCAGGACAUGGAAUUUGAGAUGACAAAGGCGGUGUUCGGGAAGAUGGGCGACCCGCAGGAGUCGAGCAUCGGCAUCCUCGUGAUGCUGGUCGCGGCCUUCUGUGGGCACCGGAUGGUUGCACACGUGGGUGCUGGAGACAGUUGUGCCCAUGUUCGGGAUCAAGCAGGAAAGCGAGGGCCCCGAGGAUACGUACAGGGACUGUGCGCAGCGGCUGCCAUGCUCUUGGUUCACAUCGAAUCCCAUCCACUGCCUCAGGUCGGACUACGUCUACGAGCACGCACCGCCGAUCACGUAUUGCCAGCAGGGCAAGGAGCACCUCAUGGUCAAGAACGAGAAAGUCGGAGGGGACAAUAUUUUGAAGACAAGAUCGCACAGCCAGAGGAUGUUGAAGGCUGGACGCCAUCGAACGUGUUCGAGUCCAUGGGGUUAACGAGGCGAUUCAGCAUCACGGGGCUUUCGAAGGACGUCGUGAAGGAGACCGGCUCUCCACCAGACUCGCCGACGUCCUCGCAGCGGAUGGGCCGCCGCGCCACCGUCGCCUGA